AUGGUGUCCGCCCCCACCAAAUACCAGGCCCCUGUGGGCGUCCUUAUCGAGCGUCUCCGCCAACAUUAUGUCUUUCCCGACGUCGGGGAGCAAAUUGCGGCCCACAUCAAGGAAAAAUUCGACGCCGGCGCGUACGAAAGCGUGGAUGAUGAAGCAAAACUGGCGGAAGUCUUGUCCAAAGACCUUCUUGCGGUGAACAACGAUGGACACUUGGGGGUCAGGUUCCAGAACGAAGAGUUUGAGGAGGAUAGUCAGCCGUGCGUGGAAGAAAGUUUGCCAAUCGAUGAGGAGGACCCAAUCAGCGAGAUGUGGUCUGGCGGUGGCCUGAUUAAUUACGGCGUGAAGCGAGUCGAAGUGCUAAAGGGCGGUGUCGGAUUACUCGAGCUCCAGGGCUUCUUCCCACUCGCCGUCGCGGGCCCUAUGAUCACCGCCGCCUUCACCCUCCUAGCCAACACCUCCGCGCUCAUCAUCGAUCUGCGCGCCAAUUUCGGCGGCGACGGCGAAUGCGGCGAUUUCGUCCUCUCGCAUCUCGUCCCGCGCGCUAUCCACACUAACGACGUGUACUGGCGCCCCAGCAACAAGACUCAACAGCUGCGCACGUUCUCUUACGUUUCCGCCCCGCGGUAUUUGGCGAAACGGCCGGUGUAUGUCCUCACUUCGGAGCGUACGUUCUCGUGCGCGGAGAAGUUCUCGGGUACAGCGCAGGCGUUGGGCCGUGCGGUCGUCAUUGGGGAAAACACAGGUGGCGGAGGGCAUCCGUGCCACUGGUUCAAAAUGAGCAAACACCUCCAGGCGUCCAUCAGUAUCGGAUGCACGACCAACCGCGCCUUGGGGCGUGGAUGGGAGGGGGUUGGCGUGAAGCCCGAUGUGGAGUGCAAGCCGGAAUCGGUGCUGGAUGUCGCAUAUCGGAUGGCUUUGCAAGGUAUCGAAGGGCAGGAGGCCCUGGGACAUAUUGGACGCAUGGUUGCGAAAGAUCGCAACACGGAGCUGGAGAAGCUGGAGGAGAGUCUCAAGGAUCUGGCCGUGACUGACCCACGGCGUACUGGUGACGCUAAGGACUUGUAG